AUGCAUCACCGCAAUGGUAGACUCGAGCGGUGGCUCUUUGAUCCGAGGGCUUGUAGCGAUCUACAGAGUGUCUUGUAUGCCCCUCAGCUCCCCACCGUCGUGGACCUGUGGUUGAGCAUCAGUCCCAUCGCAUUCCAGCCUGGUCCCCUAGGCAAGCUAGCAACAGAGUUGCUGCACAUUAUUUUCCGCAUGAUGUCGGAAACCAGGGAUGUCGUCUGCUUUGCGCUCACUUGCAAGUACAUCCUCUCUAUCAGUAAGCCGCAUCUCCUGCGUGUCCUGAAGCAGGAGCACGCUCCCUGGUCUGGUUGUCGCUUAAUCUUCAUUGGAAGUGGCACUAAGGAUAAGGGUAUCCCUUCGGGAUUGAUAUGCUCUGAGGACUUGAAGCAGAUGAAGACGGCCUUCGGGCACCUCCCGCACACGCACACAUUCUGGACGUGGAACAAUACGGUCGUCAAUAAGGAGGAUACGCGCUAUCUCUUCCCCUAUACUUCGGACUACUACUGCCCCGUCAUGGGCAGUACCGCAAGAUCCGACCGCAAGGCUUGGAGUGACCUUCACCAACGUCGACUCGCCGAGCUGAGCGGGACAAGUCCCAAUUCAGAGUCGGGCAAGACCAAGCGUCUCGAUCUGCGAAGAUGCGAGCUACUCACAAGCCUCAAUUACCAUGUUCGACCGAAUCGUACAUGGAAUGACACCACCGUAUUAUGCAACCUCUCCAAGGGAGAAUACGUUCGCCAUGCCGAGCUCACCCUCCUAAUUAAACAAGACAGACGUGGCGCCAUAUGCAUGUCCCUUGGGCUGGGGCAAGCCUUACUCGCGCUCAUCUGUUGGACGGACAGCGACAAUCUGACCCUCGUCUGCCACGAGAAGUAUCGUCGGAGAUUGCUUCGAGGGCCCUGGGCGGGCGACAAGAUCUGCAUUACCACGUCGUUGGAGAUGCCACCGUUGCCAGAAGGCAAGAACGAAUGGAUCAACAUCACGAAAGAGAUAGACGGGCUAAUGCGACAUCUGUGGAAGAACAACGUGAAGGGAGAUUGGGGCUUGGAGAGCGACGAGGAAGAGUGA